UUCUGAGUAAGAUAAUUAUGAUGAAUUUAAAUCCUUGCCUAUUAUCUCGAUAAAGAUAUUAGUAUAAGCCAGGUCAGCUAUCAAUGUUUUUCCUCUUGUUAUUUGGAUGGUGAAAUCCUCUGUUUAUCUUGUCUCUAGCUCAGAUUCAUUAUUAGUUUUCUUGAGGAACAUUUUAGGAAGCAAAGUAACAGCAAUCUUACAGUUCUUGCUUUUCAUACAAGAUAAAAAGAGGAUGUUUUCCUAAUGCUCUUAAGCAGAGCUUUUAGAAUAGAAUCUAGUCGAAUAAAUCGUAUUAUGUUGAAAAUCAAGUUAUCAUCCUCGAGACACUUCUUUAUGUCUUAAAGUGAUUAAAUCUGGUAGCUAUCAAAAGUGAAGUUUUGUUUAUUUGAUAUCUCAUAAUCUUCGAAAGUUUCGAAGUGGAUAGUAAAAGUCUUUAACAACUCAGAAAAUAGUAACACAAACUUCCUGACUACUCUAAACUUUCAGAUUUCAGUUCCUUCGACUCUUUUGCAUUUCCUCUUUGACCUGAUUGCCUUGGCUUAUUUGGGUGAGGCUGAAAAACUCGUCGUCUUUACAGAAGAAUUUUUUCUGUGUUCUUGUUGAAUAGAAAUAGAUUCUUCAAUUUUCUUUACUUGCUGGCGUACUCUUUACAAAGCCUCUUGUUUAUGAUUUUCUUAAGGCUGAUUUAUUUCUUAUUAUUCUUCCUUUGGGAUUUCAAGUUAUGAUGUUCUUGUUCUCUUGGCUCUUCAUACUCCUUCUUCUGAUCAGGUGAUUGGCUUAGUUCUGGGGAGGUUUGCUAUUCUUUUAUUUGACUUCAUAAGUAAACUCAGAAUCUACAAAUUUAGGAACUAGUUUAUAACCAACAGUAGCAUCGAGUUGAUUCAUCCUCCUCUUCAAUCCAUGACUUAAGAGGACUUCUUUGUUUUGAGAGUCUUGAGGUUUAUUCUGGUAAAUCUAGAUAUUUUUAUCCUCGCAUCUGGACUGGCUUCUCCAAAGUUAUGGCAAACGACCUUCCUGUUUUGAAUAAACUUUAAAUAUUAGCUUAUUGCUUUCCAAUGAAAUGCAUUAUUUAUAUACAGAUGGCUUUUAAUGUUUCUAGAAAAUGACUCUGCUGUUCAAUACUUAUCUUUUUUGUUUCUUUAAUAACUAUAAACUUAUUCUCUCUUCUUCUUUUAAAGAAUCAUUUAUAUAUAACUAUCUAAAGGAUUUCUAAACCCCAUUGGUCAUAUCUCUGGAAUCUUUCCAUUAUGAUAGAAUGGAUGCUUAUUAUCAUUGCUUUUAACCUUAGCUUCCUUGUUGUCUUCCCUAAAUUCUUAACUUACCUGAUUUUUAGACUCUUCCAAAUAACUCUGCUCUUUCUGUUCUUCUGUUUGUUUCAAAACUUUCUGCUACUGGGACACUUUUUGACUGACUUCUUUCUGUUGUGUCUUCCUUUGCUUUAGCUGUAAAACUAAUAAAUCAAACUUCUUAAGCACCUUUGCUGCUAUAAGCUCAACCCAGACAUUCUCCAGCUUUCCAUCUUCCAUGUUUAAAAGGGCAUUUAUCAAAAUUUUAAUAAGAACUUUGUUCAGAUUUCUGGUGUUUAACUCUUUUGCUUGUUAAAUAUAAAACUGAAGCCUCUAGAGCUCAGUAGAUCCUGACAUUUGGCAGCUUUAUCUCUUUAGUGGCUUUAUUAUAUCUA